AUGCUUAUUUGAUGCAGAAUUUCUUGCAUAAACCGAAUGCUUUUCCUUCCAGAAUGUGGGGAAUUCUUAGUGCUGACUGUGGAAGCAAAUAACCUGCAAAUAUAUUUGGUGAAAUUAGAUGGUGGUAAUGAGCCACAGACUGAAAGUGAAGAUUUCAGUAUCCCGGAGGGGAUCGUUAAUGGGACAAAAAUGCAGCUUUAUAUUGAGGAAUGCUUGGGCAAUUUCAAGAAAAGAAGAAACUUAAAUCGGGAUUUACCCAUUGGCCUCACUUUCUUAUGUCCAUAUGAAGAAAUUGGUCUGGAGCAGAAUGAUCUCACUGCUACGAUCACGACUGUUAAUGACGCGGUUGCAACAAUGAUGAGCUGCAGAUUAAGAAAUCGUGACUGUGAAGUUGACCUUAUUGCAGACACUGGCAGCUUGUGUUACAUGGAGAGAGGCAAUGGAGGUGAAUGCAGGACAUGUGUAAAGGUCGAGUGGGGAACACUGGUCAGUGAUGGGGUGCUGAGACACAUACACACAGAAUAUGAUAAACAGAUAGACAACCCUGUGUGGUUCCAGCAUAUCUGCAAUGUGGUGUCCACUCGCUUUGCCCAGCUGUGUGGAGCAGGACUUGCUGCUGUCAUUGAUUGGAUGUUAAUGGACUGUCAUGCAAGUGAAAGCAUUAGAGUGGGUGUAAAUGGGCAGCUGUACAAGACUGGUCUCAACUUCAGUCAAUUCCAGAAGACUGUGGUGGACAUGUCUCCAAGUUGUCCUGUAACAUUCCAGCCUCUAAGCCAUAGCCCUGAGAUAGGCACAGCUUUAGUGACUGCAGUAUUAAGUAAAAUAAAUACUAUAGAGACUUUCCUGAAACCUUUGCAACUGUCCGAAGAGGUUUUACAGGAAGUACAGGCCAAAAUGCGCCAGGAAAUGGAGAGGGGUCUACAGAAAGAGACACGUGAGAGCUCCUUCCUCAAGAUGCUUCCUACUUAUAUUUGCAACAAGCCAGCAGGAAAUGAAACAGGACAAUUUAUAGUACUGGAACUUGGAGGGAAAGAUAUGCAUAUUGUCUAUGUCAGGAUAGGAGACAAGCGAGAAGAAGAGAGACUACCCAUAAGGAAGACUUAUAAUUUGCCACAACACUUGAUGCAUGGAACCGGGGAAGAGCUUUUUGAUCACAUUGCAUCUUGCCUCCUCGAUUUCUAAAAGGUCCAUAAUUUGGGAGGAAAUAAAAUGUACCUAAGCUUUGUGUUCCCUUUUGCUUGCAAACAGACUGCUCUGAAUGAGGGUAGUCUUAUUAAAUGGACCAAGGGUUUUGCAGCAUCUGACUGUGAGAAAAAAAAUGUGGUGGAACUUCUAGAAAGGGCCAUAAAGCAAAAAACAGAGCUGAAUAUGAGUGUGAUAGCUCUGGUCAAUGACACGACAAGCACCAUGAUGGCAGGUUGCUAUGAAGAUGAAAAGUGCGAUAUUGGACUAAUUGUAGGUACAGGAACCAAUUCAUGUUACAUGGAGGAAAAGAAGAACAUACCGAUGGAAAUGGAAAAUAUGUCAGGACAAAUGUGUGUUAAUAUGGAGUGGGGCGCCUUUGGGGACAAUGGGUGUUUGGAUAAUAUCAUCACUAACUUUGACCUGGAUGUGGAUAAUUCAUCAGUUAAUCCUAAGAAGCAAAGGUUUGAAAAAAUGAUUGGUGGAAUGUAUCUGGGGGAGAUUGUUCGUCAUGUUCUUAAUGGCUUGACUCGUAAUGGCUUGUUAUUGAAGAAUUCAACAUUAGAAAAAAACUUACUAGAACUUGAUCAUCUCUGCUCCAUUGAAAGGGAAGAACACAGUCUAGAUCUCUGUUCAGCACUCAUGAGUCGUGGCCUAAAAUGCAACGAGGAUGAGGCAAAGAAAGUGAAGAAGGUGUGCCGCACUGUGUCAAGACGAGCCGCCCAGUUGUGUGCUGCGGGAGUCGCUGCUGUUGUAGAGAAGAUUAGAGAAAAUCGUGACUUAGACCAUCUCGACAUAGCUGUUGCUGUGAAUGGAUCGUUAUACGAGAAUCAUCCACACUUUAAAGAUGAUAUGAUGAGCACUCUGAAGACGCUCGCGCCUUGCUGCAAAGUUGCAUUUCUGAAAUCAGACAGCAAAGGGAAAGGAGCAGCUCUGAUCUCAGCAGCAGCAAUUACUGCCCAAAAGCAAAUCAUUUCGCUAAAUGAUCUCUCAUGUCAACAACUGAUGUAUGCCAUAUAGCUCCUAUUCUGCAGAUCAACAUGAUCAGAAAUCACACUUGAUGUAAAGACCAUGACUUCCUAGCAGGGUUAUCGGACACCAUUGAUCUGUUUCUUCCAUCUUAACCAGUCACUCCUGAGCGCCCUUUUCUUCACAAUGAGUCUGGGUAGGGGAUCAAAAGCAUCACUUUCCCAACUAUUCUCUGUUAAAACUGGUGCCAAUAACAAUCAGACCAGAGGGAAAAUCCAACUGAGCAUGUCUACUGCUAACUGCACUGAAUAGUGACCAGACUUUAAAUCCUGCCACUGCCCACAGACUAAACAGUUGCUUAUGCCCAGUUUUCCCUAUAUUUGCCUGGCUGAAUCAGACAAAAAUCUGCUCAUUCCACACUGUACCCAUAUGAUCAGAUGUUAAAACAGUCAGCUUAAAGGGAUACUGUCAUGGGAAAAAAUUUU